UUACUGGUGUGGGAGCUGAGCCCUGGACCCACGGCUGAGGCCUUGCAUCAUUCUCUGUUCACAGUAUUCUCCCAGUUUGGUCUUCUGUAUUCGGUCCGAGUCUUCCCAAACGCUGCAGUGGCCCGUCCUGGUUUCUAUGCCAUCAUCAAGUUUUACUCGGCGAGGGAUGCCCACAGAGCCCAAAAGGCAUGUGACCAGGAGCAGCUUUUUCAGAAAUCUCCAGUGAAGGUUCAUCUGGGCACCAGACACAAGGCAAUUCAACAUCAAGCCCUUGCUCUAAAUAGCUUCCGAUGCCAAGAAUUGGCAAAUUACUACUUUGGUUUCAAUGGAUGGUCAAAAAGGAUCAUCAAGCUUCAGGAUCUAUCUGACCUUGAAGAAACAGAUAAUGAAGAUACUGUUGCACCACUGCAGAAGCAAAGCCUGAAGUUCUUCUGUGCUUUAGAGGUGGUAUUGCCAUUCUAUGAGUGCAGGAGUCCUGGAGUUGGUGUGGCUGAGGAGCCUUUGGAUAAGCUGGAGGAAGGGCCCUUAUCAUUGCUUAUGGGAAGGAAGACAGUCCAGAAGCUUGCUAUUCAGAAGGCUAUGUCAGAUGCAUUCCAGAAACUGUUGAUUGUAGUUUUAGAAAGUGGUAAAAUAGCUGUGGAAUAUAGAUCCUGUGAGGAGAUCACAGAUGCCAGAAUCGCAGAGGACCUGCAGGAUUUAAUUCAAGUGAGCUCCUUCUCUUGGAAGCAGUAUGGCCAAGGGGAGGAAGAAUGUCUCUCAGAUUUCAGCCUUGAGGAGGAAGAGUUCAGACUGCUGGGACUGGAAGAGCACUUUUGAAUCUCCCAGGAUGCCAGACUUGGUGGCUUCCUUGGGAAGCUCGGAACCCACUCCACCCUGACCCCUCUCUUAACCACCCCACCACCACCCCUGGGCUGCCAGAAUCCAGGGCCACCCAGAGUGCAGCCUGAAUCCUGUCUCUCUGAGUGGGAAGGGGGUUCUGGCAGGAGGUAUUUGUAGCUUUGCAAGGGAAGGGGAGGCUUGGACCCCCAUGAUUCUUGGAAAGGGCUUGCUCAGGUGGUGCAGAGCCUAUCUCAGCGCUCUCCUAAUAAAGGUGGUGUAAAUAAACGUGUCAUAAAUAAAUGGUGGGGUGUAGGCAGGGGAGGGGUGUGCAGUUGCUAAGGAUGCAUGAGUGUUAGGGAGCUGUCACAGUGGUUCUGCACUGGUGCCCUACUGGCCUGGGCUGCUGUGCCCUGGAGCCUUUGCAUGCCCUGUCCUUGCUGCGCUUCUGGGCCCCAUGGCUUCUCCUUAUGUGGCAACCAUUGUGGCUGCUGGUCGAGGCAGCUUAGCCUCUGGAGUGGGCCCUGGACCCUGUGCAGCUGACUUCUGACCCCCCAGGACCAACUGAGUCCUGGUCUUUGCAUUCCUCUAAUCUCCCUCCUGAAUCACCCCAUGCACUUACUCCCCCAGCAUUACCUGGGGCCCUCUGCUUCAGCCCAGAUGCUGGGGCCACAUCAAGAACUGACCUGUACUCUGGGUCCUUUCCUGGACUCGGAUUCAGCUGCAGAGCUGCACCCAGGGCCAGAGCAGUUUGCUGUUCCACAUUGGGACCUGAAGGACGAGCUAACCCAGCAUCAGGGUCUCCCAGAGGUGGUUCUGGUGGUGCCUUCUUUCCUGAGGAGAAGCUACCUAUAGAAUUUCUGGGGGGCCCUGAGGAGGUUGAACCUUUCUCCAAGAAAAGUGUCCCCACUCAUGGACAGAAAAUUCAGGAGACUGAAUCUUCAUCCAGGCGGAUUCCCAGGAUCGGCAUCCAGAGCCCCUGAAAAGACAGACCCCCCUCACGUCAGCAGGGGGCUUCAUCUCACCCGAGUCCCCUAAGGAAGAUGAAAGUUCUGCAAACCCACAGGAGGCCCUAGCUGAGCCUUCAAACACUCCAGAGGAGGCUGAGCCUCCAGAACAGGAGGAAGCCCCAGCUCAGACUCCAGAGUCACCUAAGGAGGCUGCAGCUCCACCAUGAGCACAACAUGAGGUAAACAUUCCAUCUCCAAGUCAAAAUGAAGCUCGGCAGUCAAACUUGCACCCUGUCACCGUGCAACCUGUGGAGCUGGCAGUUACCCUAUCUCCAGAGGUCACUAAUGAGGUUAAACCUUCUCCAGCCCAGCAAGAGGCCCUGGCUCAGCUCUGAAGAGACCGAGCCUCCUCCAAUCCAGCAGGAGGUCCCCGCUCAGCCUGCACAGCCCCCUGAGGAAGUUGAACCUUUUCCAGUUCAGCUUGAAGCCCCAACUCAAGCUCCGGAAUUCCCAGAUGAGGACAUAACUCCAAUUCCAGCGAGUGAUGAGCUGGGAGCUGGACCUGUGGAUUGGCAUCAAGCUCAUUCAGACUUGCCCAGUGUUACAUUUCACCUGGUGGAUGUAGAGCUUACCAUAACUCCAGAGCCUACUGUUGAAUCUCCAACAUCCCGCAGGAGGCCCCACCUCCUGAGGAGGCAGAACAGCCUCCAACUCAGCAAGAGACCUCAGCUAAGCCUCCAGAGCCUCUUACAGAGGCUGAGCCUUCUCCGAGUGAACAGGAACCACCAGUUCAAUCUUCUGAGCCUAAUGGGGAAGUUGAACCUCCAGCCCAGGAGGAGGCCUCAGCCCAGCCUCCAGGGCCCCUUAGUGAGACAGAAUCUUCAACCCAGCAGGAAACCCCAGCUUAUUCUCCAGGGGAGAUAGAACCACCGGCAAUCCUGCAGGAGCAACCAGCUGAGCCUCCAGAGCCUUUUUCUGGGGAGAUGGAACCUUUUCCAACGCAGCAGGAACACCCAGCUCAACCUCCAGGUUCAGCUCUGGAUCCCCGUACUGCUCAGCAUGUAUCUCAAUGCCACUUGCAAGAAAAACAUGGCAUAGAAGCUACAUAACAAGGAUUCUUCUGAUGAGGAGGAGAUUUUCAACAAGAAUGGAGGGUAAAAGAUUAGGGAUAAUUUAAAAUUCUUAUCUAAGAUGAAGAAAUAACAGAAAGUGCAAUUAUUCCUUUCAAGAGUAAAAGCCUUGGCAUUCUCGUCCCAGGGAGCUUGGUGAAGCCCCAACAGAGAAGGUUCUGACUUGAGGGUUGGCUGCUGAAGAGCUUGGGGAGGGGAGUGAGGCACAAGACCCCACUGCAGAGUGAGCCCCAGCCUGCUCUGGGCCACCUACAACUUUUAUUUUCUAAUAUUGGCUUCUCAGCAUUGCUUGUAAAAUACUUUUCUCUUAUUAAAAUGAAUAAAUGCAUAACCAAUUCUA